CGGUACCGAGUCCCGGCCCCGGGAUCUGACCGCCCGUGACGCGAUUCCGUCUAGAACUCGCUCUGCGACUGCGCGGAGCCGGCAGCCGCUGCCGGCACUGGGGAAGGGGGAGGGGAGCUGCAGGUCGGCUUUAGUUACCAUGGAGACCCUAGGCCUCUGCUUCCUCUCCGCUUUAAUCUGCUGUUAUUAUUUCUGGAUCCGAAACAUUUACCGCAAGAACAGCGGCGACCCGGGUCCUCCUGCAGCCGGAGGGGAGCGGCCUAGGCCGGGUGCCGCCGCUCUGCUGGUGACCGCGCACCCGGACGAUGAGUGCAUGUUCUUCGCCCCGGCCUUACUGCGCCUGGCAGGCCGCGGCCUGUCGGUACAUUUGCUGUGCCUGUCCACAGGGAACUUCUACAAGCAAGGGGAUGUUCGUAAGAAGGAACUUCUACAGAGCUGUGCUGUUCUGGGGAUCCCUUCAUCUCGUGUAACCAUUCUGGACCACAGUGAUCUUCCGGACAAUCCCGGAAUACAAUGGGACCCAGCGUUCAUCGCGAUGCUUAUCCUCAGGCACGUACAGAUACAUCACAUCAGCCUAGUGUUGACUUUUGAUGAAGAUGGAGUGAGUGGACAUGCCAACCAUAUUGCUCUUUACUAUGCUAUCAGGAAACUUCACUCAGAGAAGAAAUUGCCCAAUGGAUGCCAAGCUCUAGUACUCCAAUCCACAAAUGUUCUCCGGAAAUAUAUCUCCAUCCUGGACCUGCCGAUCAGCUGGCUGAGGCCCCACUAUGUGAUGUAUAUAUUACACAGUUGGGAAUAUCAACAGGCAAAGAAAGCCAUGUACUGUCACCAGAGCCAGCUACUAUGGUUCCGUCACCUCUACCUGUACAUUUCCCGUUACAUGUUUAUAAACACCUUCCACUUAAUGUCACAGUGAACAUUUGAUGACAACUCCCUUUCUGUUGUAUGCCCUUAAGCUGCUGGAGAUCAGUUUUAGAAGAUGCUGCUGCCUGGAAAUCAUAUUAGAGACUGGGCUAAAAUAUAUGAACAAACCUUCCAUGGAAUUACAUAGAAAUAUGAUAGCUGAAACUCUAACCAUGAUUUUAAUUGCUGCUGGGGAUCCUGUGAUUGUGUUUUUCCUUUUUUUGGAUAAUUGUUCUUAUUCCUUUGUAUCUGAAUAAUAAACAGUUCUGUCAGGAACUGCACAGGAGCUAAGGGUUAGCUAAUGGUAGCUUGAUGCUGGCAAAGACUUUUGUAAUAUUUUGAAUUCAGGGGGUACCUAAGAUAGGCAGUUGACUAUUCGUAGGUAAUUUUAAGACAGUUUAUUAAGAAGCAACAGUUUAGAUAUGAUGCAUUAGUUAAUGCUGUUUAGCUAGCCUGCUAUGCAAAAAAUACCCUAUAAUUAAAGGCCAUAAUUUCUUACACUUUUAAUGUAAUGGACUUGGUGGUAAUUGAAUCCUUUAACUUAAAUAAACUGCAUGGAUUAAAUUGAUUGCUAUAGAAACAUUGAAA